GCUGGCGCCAAGGACGCGUCCGAUAAGGCCAAGCAGCAGAUGCAGAGCGCUUGGGAGCAGGCGCCCACCACAGAACAAGUGAAGGCUGGCGCCAAGGACGCCUCUGACAAAGCCAAGCAGCAGAUGCAAAGUGCCUGGGAGCAGGCGCCAACCACAGAGCAAGUCAAGGCCGGUGCCAAGGACGCCUCUGAGAAGGCUAAGCAGCAGAUGCACAGUGCCUGGGAGCAGGCGCCAACGACGGAAGAAGUGAAGUCUGGAUUCAAGGACCUCACCGAGCGAGCAAGGGCGAGCAUGCAAAGCGCCUGGGCACAGGCCCCCAGCACCGAGCAAGUGAAGGCCGGACUCAAGGACUUCUCUGAGCAAGCCAAGCAGUCGGCAAGCAGCGCCUGGGAGCAGGCGCCCUCCACGGAGCAAGUGAAGGCUGGCGUCAAGGACAUGACCAACCGAGCUCAGCAGCAAUUGACCGGCGUCAAGGAGGAGGUCGCUGACGUUCCCGUGCUGCAGGGUGAGGAAGGCAAGAUGCCCACUUGCAAUCUCUUCGGGUCGUGCGGUGCGGACCAGGCGUGA